AUGUGCGGCAUCACCGGAGACGCUGGCCUCGCCGUCAAGAACCGUGCGACCGGGGAAGUGUACCACCCAACGGCCACGAGUCAAGGCAACAAAAAUACCGAUGCAGGCAACGCCGACGUAGCCGUGGACGAUGCAUCGCACGAGGAUUUGAGCGCACUCGCUGCAAAACUCGACACUCUCGGUCUCGAGCCCGCGGCGGCGGCGGCGGCGGCACCGGCACCGGCCGACACCGCCGGGCCGAUCCCGCUGCGCGCCAUCCGCGCGUCCGGCCCGCCGCUCUCCGACGUCCAAUUCUGCCCCGGCGCGCGCAUCGUCAGCCACACCUCGACAUGGUACCACAUUGCCUGCAUGCCCGAGAGCGUCGCCGCGACGCUCAUCUGCACGCGCUGCUACCAGGACCUCGUCGCGCCGACUGCGCUCGCGGGGGAUUGGACCGCGAUUCUCGCCGCGGAGGAGUCAAAGGUGCUCUGGCCGCAGGCCGUCGUAGCCGGUGACACGUACGAGCUGCGCAGCGAGACGGUCGGCCGCAUCGCCACCUCCAAGGCAGGCCACGACGACUGGCAGGGCUUCAUUGAAGCAUCCUUUACGCGGCUGCAACUCCCCGAGUGCACCGGCGAAGCGGUCCAGUCAGACUCUAUCAGCUGGCACAUCGCCAGAGGCUCCCUACGCAGCGCGCCCGUCUGCGCGACGUGCUACCAGGACCACCUCGCCACCACGCCGUUCGCCGAGCAUUUCCGGACCUACCAUCCGCGGCUCGACAACCAUUUGCUUCGUCGCGGUGUCGGUCAUGACUUGUAUGAGAGCAGAGCUUUACUACAGGGCCAGGUGUAUUUAAUGCUAGAUAAGAAGACAUGGGCUGCGUAUAAAUAA